CAUAUCAAUUUUGGGAUGUCUCUUUAUAAUUAUUUUACAAAAAGGAGCAAGUAUGUUUGUAGUCCAAACCUCUUUCACUGACAGGGCAGGCAUAUGCUCGGAAACGGUUUGUUCUGACCCAUACUGAGAAGCUUUUAACUACCCUAACCCAGUCAUGCUGACGAUGACUUUAUGAACAAUGACUAUAUUCAUUGCCCUGUGAGUUACUACCAAGCCAGGCAUUUUAAUGGUAUGCAGUACUGUUCAUCCAAUUUAAAGCAGUCACUUCAGUCACAGUCAUAUCAUUUCCCGGAAAAUAAGCAUGACUAACUGUCUCGCAAUCGUUAUGCUGGGUGUACAUAAAGUCAUGAAGUAUCUGGCUUCAUGAACUAUUACAACUGUUUCAACUGCAGUCUGUGUGGGUUGCCUGAGGACUGAAAUGGGGAGCCACUAGCACUUGAUUAGUAGUGAAUUUAAUCCCAGAUAGAUUUCUAGAUGACCAUAUUUGAUACUAUGCACUUUGAACACAGGAGAAAAUCCAUGAUCAAGUUGGGUCCACUCCCCCCCCCCCCUCUAAAUAUAUGGGUUUCUUCACACUGAAAGUGAUAGAUUUGUCCCUAUAAUCUUCAUUGUCAUUCUCUCAUGAGAGAAGGGAGUUCUGUUGUUUGAAGGUGUAACAGGUAAGAUUUCAGGUCCAUGACUUUUCAAACCCAAACAGUCUAAAUGUAUUGUGGACGGGGCAUUAGUCAUGGCAGUAGUCAUCUCUUGAUCUUGGACACGACUUUGCAUUGUUCUUAAGUUAUAUGAGGGGAGAGACGCUUAGGCUACUGUAAUAUUAAAGCCAGUGAUGUGCAUCACCAAAUCAGUCCAUGCGGACAGUAGCCUACGCAUAUAGAGCGAGGCAGCUUUAAUACUAGGCAACCGGAGUUGAAUGCCUGCCCUGUAACAUAUUUUAUCAAUAGAAUAGCCAAGAAAGUCAGUUUCGUGCUAUGUGUGUUUAAACCUCAUCCCAUCUCAUCUUCUUAUUUUGAAAACAUUAAUAGCAAGUUUUGAAAAGGAAUGCAGUCAUUCAACUGUGCAUCCCUGCGCUGAGUGAGUGGUGAAUCAUUCCCUCGUUUCAAGUGGACUAUCACUGUUCGUCCAGAGCUUUAAUCACAGCCCCGUUCGUUGUUAAUCAUGUUAUUGUCCCGUAAGCGUCAAAUGGGAAUAUCCCAUGUUUAUUAAUUUAGUAGACGUGGCAUAUAUCUUACUUUUAUUAAUGUAGCUUAAUCCUUUGAAAUCAGCGCUAGCCUAGAUCGGGAGCCCAUUUCAAGCGUGUGUGCAUGUAUUUUAUAGCUUGCGUCGAGAUGGUGACAGUGUGUAGACACUUGACAUAGCCACAUCCAAAUAAUUCAAAGGAGAACUGGUUCAUAUGCCAAAGGGACGAACAAUGGGUGCAGAUCGAGAAUCAGAAAGGUCUCAAUUGCCAAGGUGUAUAAGCUUUAACCAAUGAGAAAUAAUGAUCGCUCUUUUACCCGACAAGACAGCUGGCAUCUUCAGAACCUUCAUAGAACGUUGCUGACAGCUCGUGUCAUGUGAUGCUCGUGAAGAUGGCGCAUCCUUAUACGCUGUAGGCUCGUAUACGAAUUCUCCGUCAGUAGUACCAGCUCACACACAAGCCUCGCAGUCGUUAUAUGGCGUUUUAAACAGCGGAAAUUACGGGAGGCCUAAUUAAGAUAUAUCCCGUUUUAGGGACUGAGUUGGGGGUACAAUUUCUCAGGAGGUUUCACGAAAAAUACAUCUAAUUAGUUUGGCUUCGGUGUGGAUGCUCCUGCGGUAAUAAGGCUCGGAGAUCCAAUAUCCGUGCACAACUGGAGACUGCAUCAACUGCUGGCGCGGAGGCUGUGUCGAAAGAGCGAAGCUAACCGAUCUGAGACACACAGGCUCAGGCUUCGAGCUUGUUUUCACGAUCUUAUUCUUUCGCGAUGGCAUGAAGUGUAGAACAAGAAAGGCCGAACUCAAAAGUGAUGUAGCUUUCAUCCAAAGAUCAUCCUCCCACGACAUACAGGAAUGAGGUUGAGAUUUGUGAGGAUAUAGCAUCGACCUACAGCAAAAUGUGGGCACCUACAGAGGAGGAGAAAUUAGGAGUUGUGGUCUGCAGCUUCCGUAGCUCCGUGGCUCAGGCGCUGCUGCUGGAGAUCGGGGAGAUGGUGCAGAUUCUGGAGAAGUGCGAGGGAUGGUACAGAGGUUUCUCCACUCGAAAGCCUACAGUCAAGGGAAUCUUUCCUAUCAACUAUGUACACUUGAAGAAAGCCAUUGUGAGCAACAGGGGGCAGGGGGAGACCGUUGUUCCCCUGGAAGAUCCCAUCAUCACAGAAACCACCAGUACAUUGCAAGAAUGGGCAGUGUUAUGGAAACAACUCUAUGUGAAGCACAGAGUGGAGCUCUUCCAGAAGCUCCGUCAGGUGAUGACCGAGCUCAUUGACCUGCGCCGUCAGCUCAUCUCGGGUCACAUGACGCAGGAGCAGACUCGAGAAAUCAAGCGCCAUAUCACAUUACGACUGGACUGGGGCAAUGAACACCUCGGCUUGGACCUCGUGCCCAGAAAAGAGUUUGAGAUGGUUGACCCGGAAAUAUUCAGUGUCUCUGAACUUUAUAAAAUGCAUGCAUCCAGUCGCCACUGUGGCCAGCCCAGUCAAACGCAGGGAGGAGACCCUCGACAGCGGCAUGGCGAGCCGUGCCGUGCCCCGGUGGCGCACCACCUCUCUCUGAACCUGAAGAGCUUCACCUACAACAGCAUCAGCGAGGACACCGACGUCCUCUUCAGCCUCUACGACGCCCGAGACAACAAAUGCAUCAGCGAGAAGUUUCUUGUAAAGCUGAAUAAGAACGGAGGACCGAGAAAUCCAGAGAAGUCCGACGGACUGUGUGCUCUGUUCACAGAUCUGAGCAGUAAGGACAUGAAACGAGAUCUCUACAUCGUGGCACACAUUAUCAGAACUGGCCGGAUGUUGCUGAAUGACUCUAAGAAAGGUCCAGCUCAUGUCCAGUACAGAAGGCCGUAUGGCUGUGGCGUGCUGGCCAUGACCGAUGUGUUCACCUCCAUCACGGACCCACGGGAAGAGAAGGACUUUGUGAUCAAAGUCUUCACGUGCAAUAAUGAGAACGACUGGUACCAGAUUCAGGAGAAUAUCAUCCGCAAGUCCAACACCAAAUACUCUGCUCCCAGCACCAACUAUGGUCUGAUCGUGUCCCUGCAGCUGUUCCGUGGGGAGCUGGAGGCGGUGCGGCGGGAGAACCCACACAUCAUCACCCGGGGAGCCAUCACCGCUCGCAAGCUCGGCUUCCCCGACGUCAUCAUGCCAGGGGACUGCCGUAACGACUUAUACUUGACGCUGGAACGCGGCGAGUUUGAGCGCGGGGGAAAGAGCGUGCAGAAGAACAUCGAGGUGACGGUGUACGUGCUCUACGCAGACGGCGAGGUCCUAAAAGACUGCUUGAGUGUGGGCUGCAGCGAGGCCAGCAUCAGUGAGCAUCGCUCCUUUGUGCUCUACCACAACAACAGCCCACGCUGGAGCGAGACCCUCAAGCUGUCCAUCCCUCUGGAACGCUUCCGCGGUUCCCACCUGCGCUUUGAGUUCCGACACUGCUCCACUAAGGAUAAAGGGGAGAAGAAGCUCUUUGGUUUUGCUUUCACACCUCUGAUGAGGGAGGAUGGCACCACCCUCUCUGAUGAGACACAUGAGCUUUAUGUCUACAAGUGUGAUGAAAACACCACCUUCACCAAUCAGGGCCUGUAUUUGAGCAUGCCGUGUUGCCGUGCCGACCUCAGCAGCUGCCCCGCCAUCCCGGCCUCCUUCCCGUUCCAGCGCAGCAGCAAAGAGAACUUCUACAUCAACACGCUGCUGGCCUCCACCAAACUCACACAGAACGUGGAUCUACUGACUCUACUGAAGUGGAAAGCGCAUCCUGAGCGAGUCCUGGAUGUGCUUGGACGCUUGCGUCUCAUCAAUGGAGAGGAAAUUGUCAAGUUCCUGCAGGACAUCCUUGACACCCUCUUCAGUCUCUUGGAUGAGAACACAGACAAAUAUGGACCUCUGGUGUUUCAGUCACUGGUCUUCAUCAUUAACCUGCUGAGAGACUGCAGGUACUACCAUUUCCGGCCCGUCAUGGACUCCUACAUCCAGAACCAGUUCGCUGGAGCGCUGGCCUACAAGGAGUUGAUUCGCUGUCUAAAGUGGUAUAUGGAUCGGUCAGCAGAAGUUGUGCGCCAGGAUCACAUCCAGGAUGCAAUGAGAGCUCUGGAGUACCUGUUCAAGUUCAUCGUCCAGUCGCGGGCGCUCUACUCGCGCGCCACCUGCGGACUGGACGAGGAGGCGUUCCGGGUCAGCAUCCACGAGCUCUUCCACUCCAUCCGCUUCGUGCUCAGCCUGGACGGACACAACUCCGAGACGCUGAUCUGCACACAGGGGGCGCUGUUGAACAGUUUCCCGGACAUCUUCGAUGAGCUGCUGCAGAUGUUCACCGUGCAGGAGGUGGCGGAGCUGGUCAGAGGAACGCUGGCCAGCAUGCCCAGCAUGGUGGACAUUGGCCAGUCACUGGACGUGGUCAAGCUGCAGUCCAUCGCCCGCACCGUCGAAAGUAGACUCUUUUACUUCCCAGAGUCGCGGAGCAUCCUGCUGCCGGUGAUCCUGCACCACAUCCACCUGCACCUGCGGCAGCAGAGGGAGCUGCUCCUGUGCUCCGGCAUCCUGACCAGCAUCUUCUCCACCAUCAAGACCAGCUCCAUGGACUCGUGUGUGCGGGAGGAGGUGGACAUGAUGGUGGAGAGCCUGCUGGACGUGCUGCUGCAGACGCUGCUGUCCAUCAUGAGCCGCUCGCAGACCGUGGAGAGCAGCAGAGCACCCCGCUGCCCCCAGUGCACCGCCGAGAUCACCGGGGAGUAUGUGUCAUGUCUGCUGUCCCUCCUCAGACAGAUGUCUGAUCCUCACUUUCACCACCUACUCAACAACUUCCACAGCAAGGAUGAGCUCAAGGAAUUCCUCCUGAAGAUCUUCUGUGUGUUCCGGAACCUGAUGAAGCUCAGCAUCUUUCCCAGGGACUGGAGUGUCAUGCGACUCCUCACCAGCCACAUAAUUGUCACGACAACCCAGCACCUCUCUCCGGCACUGCAGAAGAACUUCUCUGACCCAGAUUUUGAUUUCAAGGUGUGGAAUUCCUUCUUCAGUUUAACUGUAUUGUUCAUCAGUCAACCGAGUCUACAGCUGGAGUCCCUUAGCCCACUCAAGAGGAAAAGAGUGUUGGACAAGUACGGAGACAUGAGGGUGACGAUGGCCUUUGAGCUGUUCAGCAUGUGGCAGAAAUUGGGAGACGACAAGCAGCACUUCACGCCGGGGAUGAUGGGGCCUUUCCUGGGCGUGGCUCUGGUGCCUCAGACGGAGGUCCGCAACAUCAUCAUCCCCAUCUUCCACGACAUGAUGAACUGGGAGCAGCGCAAGAACGGCAACUUCAAACAGGUGGAGGCCGAGCUGAUGGAUAAGCUUGACAGCAUGGUGUCCGAUGGUAAAGCGGAUGAGAAUCACCGGGAGCUCUUUAGCCUGCUAACACAGCUCUUUGGACCUUAUCCCAGUCUCUUGGAGAAGAUGGAGCAGGAGGCUUGGAGAGAGACAGGUGUCUCUUUUGUCACCUCCGUCACACGGCUCAUUGAGCGGCUGUUGGAUUACAGGGAAAGUGUGAGAGCAGAGGAGGUGGAGAACAAGAGAUUCUAUGGCUCCAUGAACCUGCUGAACUUUUACAAGUCCGAGGUCACCAAGGAGGACAUGUACAUCCGCUACAUCCACAAGCUGUACGAGCUCCACCUGCAAGCUGAGAACUACACAGAGGCGGCAUUUACCCUGCUGCUGUACUGGGAGCUGCUGCAGUGGGAGGAGAGGCCACUGAGGGAGUUCCUGCACUACCCGGCCCAGAGCGAGUGGCAGCGCAAGGAGAGCCUCAGCAGGAAGGUCCUGCACUACUUCAACAAGGGCAAGUGUUGGGAGUAUGGCAUCUCUCUCUGCCGGGAACUGGCGUUUCAGUACGAGACCUUAUAUGAUUACCACAGUCUGAGCUGGAUACGGAAAAUGGAGGCUAGUUACUAUGACAACAUCAUUGAGCAGCAGCGCCUGGAGCCAGAGUUCUUCAGGAUGGGAUUUUAUGGACGCAAGUUCCCCUUCUUCCUCAGGAAUAAGGAAUUUGUUUGCCGUGGCUACGACUAUGAACGGCUGGAGGACUUUCAGCAGCGCAUGCUGAACGAAUUCCCACAGGCCAUUGCUAUGCAACACCCCAACCAACCAGACGACACCAUCCUACAGAGCGAUGCCCAGUAUUUACAGAUCUUUGCAGUGACCCCAGUGUCCGAGCUGACCGAGGGUCCACACUUGGAGCGUGUGCCUGAGCGCAUCAAGCGCUUCUACCGCACCAACAACAUCAGCCGCUUUCACUACGACCGCCCCUUCCACAAGGGCCCGAAGGACAGAGAAAACGAGUUCAGGAGUCUGUGGAUUGAACGGACCACACUGAUUUUGUCACGUCCAUUACCUGGAAUCUCACGCUGGUUUGAAGUGGAGAGGAGAGAAGUGGUGGAGGUCAGUCCUCUGGAGAACGCCAUAUAUGUGGUGGAGAACAAGAACCAGGAGCUACGCACGCUCAUCAGCCAGUACCAGCACCGCCAUCACAACGGCAACAUCAACCUGCUCAGCAUGUGCCUGAACGGGGUCGUGGACGCCGCCGUUAACGGAGGAAUCGCCCGAUACCAGGAGGCUUUCUUUGAUAAAGAUUUUAUCAGUAGCCACCCUGAGGAGGCAGAGAAAAUAACACAGCUGAAGGAAUUGAUGCAGGAACAGGUGCACAUCUUAGGUGUGGGGCUGUCACUCCAUGAGAAGCUGGUGCACCCAGAAAUGCGUCCCCUUCACAAAAAGCUCAUUGAUCAGUUCCAUGUGAUGAGGAACAGUCUAUACCACGGUGUCGCUGCUCUUGAUAGGUUGAGUCCUGCCUGCUCAGGGAUCCGCAGCAUUGUGACACACAGCCCUGAGAGCAGUAGGCUUAUACACAGAAACAGUCCUCUCCAGGGCUCUCUGCGUCUGACCGGUGAGGUGGGACCUCUGAUGGUCCUGACAGAUGGACUGAUGGAGCACACAGAGGAGACCUCACACAUGCAGCCGAGCCCCUCCUCCUCGAGUCUCAGCUCCAUUCGGUCGUCCUCGUCUCAGAUCAUUAACUCCGCUCCGUCCAGCACUAGAGGCUCGCCCUCCCUACCAGAUAAGACCAAGAGCAGCCGAGAGCUGCUGAUGCUGCUACCACCCCACAGGGAGAGGCCCACCAGUGCCAACUACUACAACACUACUGACAACACACAGACAAACAAUGUCCAGCGUGGCCUACAGCAACAGGGAAGCCCUUGUAAGCCAUGCGGUGAUCGUCACACUGGAUUCCCAGAGAGAGGGUUCCCUGCCGCCCCCAGCAGCUGGAGCCUGGACGGGUCCGAGGGCAGAGAACCGGGGCUCAACCUGCAGAACCCGGCCAGCCUGAUGGCCCCCAUGCUACCGCCACGCAACUUCCCACAGGGUCACUUCCUGAUGCACUUUGAUGCGUUUCAACAACAUAUGAACGAUAUUCCCCCUGCUCUACCGAUGCGCUCUAUUAGAAAGUCUCCUCUGCACCCCAUUCCUGGCUCUCCGCCCAGUCCGCUGUCCGUCCUGGGGGGCAGUAACUCCACCCUGUCGGGCAGCGCCAGCAGUGGCGUCUCGUCCCUGAGCGAGAGCAUCUUCAGCCACUCCGACCCGCAGAGUCGGCCCGAGCAGCUGGACCCGGCGCCCCACCUGCCGGCCACCCACUACUGGAGCCCCGAGGAGCCGGCCCAGCCCGCCGCCUACCUGCACGUCCACUUCGGCUCGGCCCAGGACCACCCGCACGGCCACUACCCGCACGGGCACGCCGGCGCCGAGCCGGACGGCCUCCAGGACCCGUCCUGCGCCACGCGACCCCUGUGCCCGGAACUGCCGCACGCCGCCGGAGGAGGAGGAGGAGGAGGAGGAGGAGGAGGAGGAGGAGGCGCAGCCGCUUUCCUGCGGAGGUCUGGGGCUCCGACGCCGCCGCCGAAGCCUUGCAUGCGCGUGGUGGGCGGCGCCGGGGCGGUGAGCGACGACGAGUCGUCGGCGAGCGGCGGCAGCAGCAGCGGCGGCGGCGGCAGUGGCGGUGGCGGCGUCCAGCCCGUGCCGCUGCCUCGCCGGAUCUUCCCCCCGCCGCACACCCAGCGGGAGCUGCACCGGGCGGCCUGGGAGCAGCGCAUCCGCGAGGAGCAGGAGGAGAGCACC